UAAAUCAAACCCAACCUCUCUAUAUAAACCCACUUCCCCCAUACAAAAAAUAUCACAAGAGUUUUCCAAACAGAUCAUAAAGAGAGGAAAAAAGUUUCCAAAGAAAAAACUCUAUCAAGCUAAAGAUGUCUACAACAUGCAAAGGGAAGAGUUCAUGGCCAGAGUUGGUUGGUAAGGCAGGAAAAGAAGCAGAGAAGAUAAUUGAGAAAGAGAAUCCAUCGGUGGAUGCUGUUAUUGUUGAUGAAGGUUCAGUGGUGACUCAAGACUUUAGGUGCGACAGGGUUUGGGUUUGGGUGGAUUCUAAAACAUCCAUUGUCACUAGGACUCCUUUCAUUGGUUAAAUUAAAUAUAUAUAUGUUUUAAAUUAUGUUUUCAUUUCAAUAUUAUUACUCAAAUGCCAAUUCAUGUUUGUUCCUACCACAUGAAUAAUAUUAUUUCAAUAAGGUGUUUGUAAUCUUUUCUUUUCAAAGAUGCCUGUACUGAUAUAAUGUACUACUUGUGUUUGUCGUAAUAAAAAUAUUUGUUAUGUGUUAUGGUA